AUGUUUCAUCGUGAACGUCAAUUAAUUGAUGGAGAACGUAUCAGUAUCAUUCCAAAUAUUUUAUCUGCAGAUGAAUGUCAGCAAUUGAUAGCACAAGCAGAAGAAUCGGGUUUCAAACUAAGUCCCCCUUCAGGUGGUGGUCAUGGUCGUACACAUCGUGAAGAUCCUAGAACUAAUGAAUACACAGUAAUCAAUGAUCAAUCCUUAGCUGAUAAAUUAUUUAAACGAGUAUCACCGUUACUUCCUCCAACCUUAGAAUGGAUGGCAGAUAAUGCUUAUUUUACUAAAGGUAUUGGAGGACGUGAAUGGUCAAUUGUAGGCUGUGUUGAUCGUUUACGGUUUUAUAAGUAUAAAAAAGAUGAAGAAUAUCCUGAACAUAUGGAUGGUAGUUAUAGUCGUACAAUAACAUACAAUAAUGAAUUACAACAAUCAUAUAAACAACAUUCAUUUUUAACAUUAUUAAUCUAUUUAAAUGAUGAUUUUCAAGGUGGUGAAACAAAAUUUUUUCCUGAUAAACAACAUUGUCGAUUUCUUCGAGACAUCGAAAAUAAACAACCAGUUCAUGUAAUUAAACCAAAACAAGGAAUGGCUUUAAUAAAUAUUCAUAAUAUUCUUCAUGAAGGAUCAAAAGUUCAAUCAGGUAUUAAAUAUGUUCUAAGAACAGAUAUUUUAUAUCAAAAAAUAACGGAAUUACAUCCAAAACUUGAAAAAUAUUCACAAAAGAACAGUAACAAUAAUGACAAAAUCAUAGUUACCGAAUGGGAAAAACAUUUUGAACCAUCAUGUAAAAUGUAUCAUGAUUAA